AUGUAUGGCUUCGUCCUCCUUGGUCACCCUUCCCCACCUGGCUCCACCCGCACCGCCUGUUCCCUCAGAGAGGAGAGCGGAGGAGGGGAGAUGGCCAGGCGUUAUCCUGUGUUUUUGGGUCGAGCCCAUCGCUCAUACGUGCGCCAGGAGCCUCUGCAUAUCCAGAGCGUCCUCAAAGUGAACCGCACCCUCUACAUCGGCGGCAGAGAUGACCUUUAUAGAGUUGAGCUGGACAACAUUGCAGGGGAUGAAAUGUUCUACAGCAAGAAGAGAACUUGGGAAUCCAACAGGAAUGACAUACGCAUCUGCCGGAUGAAGGGGAAACACGAGGAGGAAUGUCGUAAUUAUAUGAAGGUGCUUCUGAGCCAGUAUGGAGGACUGUUUGUAUGCGGGACCAACGCCUUCAACCCGCUGUGUGCCAACUACACUAGGGACACUCUAGAGCUGGUGGGGGAGCCCAUUAGCGGGAUGGCGCGCUGCCCGUAUGACCCCAAACAUGCCAACGUGGCUCUGUUCGCAGAGGGGAACCUCUUCACUGGCACGGUGACAGAUUUCCUGGCCAUCGAUGCGGUGAUCUACCGCAGUCUGGGGGACAGCCCGGCCCUGCGCACCGUCAAGCACGACUCCAAAUGGUUCAGAGAGCCCUACUUUGUGAGUGCAGUAGAGUGGGGUCCCCACAUCUAUUUCUUCUUCAGGGAAAUGGCCAUGGAGUUUAACUACCUGGAGAAGGUGAUGGUGUCGCGGGUGGCCCGUGUGUGUAAGGGGGACCUGGGUGGCUCCCAGCGCGUGCUGGAGAAACAGUGGACGUCCUUCCUGAAGGCGCGGCUCAACUGCUCCAUCCCCGGCGACUCCCACUUCUACUUCAACCUGCUGCAGGCCACCAGCCCCGUCCUCAACCUGAACGGACGCGACGUCAUCCUGGGCGUCUUCUCCACCCCCGCCAACAGCAUCCCUGGCUCAGCCGUGUGUGCCUUCGACAUGCAGCAGCUGGCGCGGGUGUUUGAGGGGAGAUUCAAGGAGCAGAAGUCCCCCGAAUCCAUCUGGACACCUGUCCCUGAUGAGCUGGUCCCCAAACCAAGGCCUGGUGGAUGUGCCGUCCAGGGCUCCAGGUUCAGCUCCUCCAACACGUUCCCCGACGAGGUGCUGACCUUCAUUAAGACCCACCCCCUCAUGGAUGAGGCCAUCCCCUUGUUAGGCCACAGGCCCUGGAUCGUUAAGACCAUGGUCAGGUAUCAGCUCAACACCAUGGUGGUCGACACGGAGGCCGGGCCACACAAGAACCGGACUGUGGUGUUCCUCGGUUCCACAAGGGGAACAGUUCUCAAGUUCUUAAUAGUUCCUAGCAAGGACAGUCCUGGGUCCAAUGGCAACAUCUUCCUUGAGGAGCUGGAGGGUUAUAACCCAGACAGGUGUGGGGGGGACUCUGUGCAGGCGCGUCAGCCCCUGUCUCUGACCCUGGACCCGUCCAGCCACACGCUCCUCUUGGCCUUCCAGUCCUGCCUGGUGCGGCUGCCUGUGGCCCGCUGCCACCUGCACUCCCGCUGCAUGAAAAAUUGCAUCGCCUCCAGGGACCCAUACUGCGGCUGGACCCGAGGGAGCACUUGCUCUCUGCUCCGUCCAGGAACACGCUUACCCUUUGAACAGGAUGUGGAGACUGGAAACACCACUUACCUUGGAGACUGUGAUGGGCUCCUGAGGGAGAGUUUCAUGGACGAGCCGGAGAGUCUGGUGACGCUGAACCUGCUGGUGGUGGCCGCGGUGUCGGCCUUCUCCACCGGGGCGGCGCUGUCGGGCCUGGCCGUGUGCUGGAUCAUGGGCCAGAAGCACCGCCAGCGCUCGCGCAGCCGGGCGGCCGGCUCCGGCUCCCAGCGCAAGUCCGAGAAGGAGACGCACGGCAUGCUGGGCCCCAGCGGCGCCGGCUCGGUCAUCAGCGUGUCGCGCCACAGCGUGGGCACGGCGGGCGAGCGGCGCUCCCAGGGCGAGACGCUCUUCGUCAUGCCCAACGGCUGGGUGAAGGCCGGCGACCUGGACCCGGGCCUGCUGCCCACGCCCGAGCAGACGCCCCUGCAGCAGAAGCGCCCGCCGCCGGGCAUGCGCAUGUCCGAGUCGGGCUCCAGCUGGGACCAGAGCCAGAGCCAGAUCUACCUGAACUCGGUGGGCACGCAGUGUCCGCCGCCGGGCACCGCCAUCUUCCUCAGCUCCAAGCUGCUGCACGGGGCGGGCGGCGGCAGCCGCCGGCUGGACGACUCCACCGACGCCAUGGACCGCCAGACGGCCCGCUACGUCUCCCUGGCCAAGUACCGCGAGCAGAGCCGGCAGGGCGCGCCGCUGCGCAAGUCGGCGCCGGACUACAACUACCCCAUGACGCCGCAGGACUCGCCCGACCGCCGCCGGGUGGUGUCGGCGCCCAGCACCCAGGUGGAGUACGGCGAGCCCCUGCGCUGGACGCACGACGGCUACAUCAUCAGCAGCCACGGCAUGCCGCCGCCGCCCGGCGCCGGCCACCACUACCCCGGGCCGCCGCCCCCGCCGGGCCUGACGCGCUCCGUGCUGCACGGCUCCCGCGGCCUGGCCGAGCUGGUGGACUACAGCCACCUCCUCAGCAAGGCGGCCAGCGAGCGCAGCCCCAUGGGCCAGUGAAGGCGCAGGCAGCGCAGCCCUGCCCAGCUCCUCUGGCUUCAUCCAUCUCCAGCUGACUCCCCUGCGGGAUAUCCAGACCGCUCUCUGAGC